AUGAGCGACAAGGAAAUUAAGGAAGGAGACCAGGUCUCGUGGCAAUGGUCUGGCAGCCGUCCUGGAGGCAAAGUCGCCGAGAUUGCCAAGGAAGGUGAACUCUCAAUCGAGACCAAGAAUGGCAACACAGUCAAGAAGAAUGCCGACCCCGAAGACCCUGCCGUAAAGAUCUCUCGCUCCGGCAACGAUGUCGUCAAACGAGCUCAUGAGCUUGAUGUCGACAAGGCUGGCGACAAGCACAAGGAAGACCAGGGCGAGGAGAAGACGGUGACCAAGGACGACAAGAAGGACGACAAUGAGUCCAAGGAGAAGGAUGACGACAAGAAGGAAGAGGCAGACGAAGAGAAGAAAGAGAACAGAGAAGAGGACAAGAAGGAGUCAAAGAAGUCGGAUGAGAAGAAGGAGGAUGGCGAAGCCAAGACUGGCGACAAGCGCGAGGCCAAGGACGACGAGGAAGAGGACGAGGAGCCAUCGAAGAAGCAGCAGAAGACGGACGAGGCUGGCGAGGAGAAUGGCGACAAGAAGAAGCGCGGCAGGCCCGCCAAGAACGGAAACGAGGCAUCAUCAUCGUCCAAGCCCAAGAAGGAGCCAAAGAAGGCAGCGACCGAGUCGGGAGAGCCCAGACGCUCGAGCAGACUCAAGUAG